CUAAGUUUAUUUGCAGUAGUUUAUAAAAGAGGACCGCGAUUUAACCACGCCAGCUUCAUCACAUUUGUUCAACCUACCUCUGUCUUGAAGUCUAAUGCAACAAAAGAUAUUAAAGGAAUUCAGCGCGUUUCAGAGACUUCACAUAAGGACAUAUUGCUGUUGGAGGUAUCAAGACCAAAACUACUGAUUUUCGAAAGUAUUAUAGAUAUACGCUUAUUCAAUGUAUCGGAAAAAAUUAUUCGUAGGUUCAACGGCACCUCAUUUGUACAAAACAAAAAGUUUAAAUAA